GUUAUAUUGGUUCAACCGGCUUUUACGUUUUACCCUUUGCCACGGCAUAUUUAGCGGUUUCUCUACCUUCUAUGUGGAUUUAAAGGGACGUCUGGUAAAAUUUCAUAUUGUUGUGAAGAUAUUUGUGUAUUUGCAAGAUCUGGCUUAUAUUAUGUAUACAGCAUAUGAUGCUAUAAUCGAUUAUAAACCACUUGAAGCUUCAACUCAACUUAAUGUCUUUACAUAUUGUGCUGAAGCUUUUACACGUCUACAUGUUUGUAUUAUGCUUAUAUUAUGGCGUAUUAAAGGAGAGAGGACCUUUCGGAAAUAUCUAAACUCUCUGGUUGUGGUGCAGACAAAGUAUUUCGAUGAAUGGCAACAUAUUGCAGAUGAUAAAAAAACAAAAAAGAUUUUAAUAUUAAAUAUGAUCAUAUUAAGCGCAAGUAAUGUGCCCGUUAUAUAUUUGUGGAUUUUAAAUUUUACAAAUGAUCGUCCGUUGUAACAAUCGAUAAAUUAUUAUUUAACGGUGUAUAUGUUUGGUAUGGUACAAACUGUUUUGUUGCAUCAUGCUAUUAUAUUAUGUUAUUUAAAUCAAUGCUUUACAAUAUUAAAUAAUAAUCUACAGAAUGAACAAGUACAGUCACCAUUCGGAAAUAUAUACUUUAUAUUGUCGAUGUUGUUGGAACAAGUUAAUAUCAUCCUGGGACCGACCAUAUUCUCCGCACUCUUGUAUAUACUGGUAAUAGCUUCCAUAUUAUGGUAUAGUUUUUAUUCCAAUUUUAUUAUAUUUGGCCUGUUGGAGAUAAUAACUUCUUUUCCCAUGUUUUUUUUGUUCACUCAUCUUUUUUUGUACCGAUUUGUAUUUAUAUUAUGUUAUGUGUGAACGACUAUGUGAGACCAUGAAAGAAACCGAUAACAUUAUAUUGGAAUAUAGUACCAAAAAUGAAAGUAAUGAGGUUGAAAGAUUCAUUUUGGGACGCUUAAUGCUGAGACCUAAAAUCAAUAUUUGUGGCAUGUUUAUGGUAGAUCUAAAUUCAUUUUUAUUGGUGUUAGCUGAAAUUCUUGUUACUGCAACUACGCUUAUUCAGUUGGAUUAUAUGAAAAUGUUCGACUAUAAAAAGCUGAAUUUAAAAAUAGAAAAUGGUGAGGCAUACUCAGCUGCCGUUGAGAAAAAUUGAAGAGAAUUUCAAAAACAAAGUGUUAAAGGUCAUUUUAACGAUGAGCUAUUGCAUAUUUAUAGAAUUACUGGAAAAGCAAAC